CGCGCGGCGCGGCCGCGGGGCGGCCCCGCCCCCGAGGCCUCGGCGCCGGCCGUCGCCGAGGGCCUCGGCGGAGGGGCGCAGCGCGCGCAGCGGCCAUGCACGGCAGGCCCAGGGCGUGGUCCCGACCCGGCAGUCGGUCCAGAGGCUCACCGACUCGUCCAGGCAGUCACCCGUGCCGACCGUGCUCACCAUGGAUGGCUCCUGCGUUGCAGAGGAUUUUGACGAGGACAUGCGGGAGUGCAUCGCCGCCUACGAGGAAAGCUCGCUGCGCUGCGCCAGCCCCUCGGGCUCGCUGCAGAUGAGGCCGCCCACGUCCUCCAGGGCCCGCUUCGUCCGCCAGACGAACAGCCUGCGGGACUCGUGGGGCAGCGGGCCGCACGGCGACCCCGCGGGCGGCGCGGGCGAGCACCCCUGGCCGGGCGCGGCGCCGCCGGGCGCGGCCCCGGGGAGCCCCGGCGGCUUCCAGGUGCCCGGCGCCUUUGGUCCAGUCCUCACCGUGAUGGUGGGCGGCGUCGAGUUCAAGAGCACCGGCAGCACCCUGCGCAGGGCCCCCCACUUCGAGAGCGUGCUCUCCCAGGGUGGGCAGCUCCCCAACCCCCUCUUCAUAGACCGCUCCGGGGACCUCUUCAAGUACAUCCUGGAUUACCUGCGCUCCGGGCACUGGCUCCUCGGCUCCCGGGCCUGCGACGAGGAGUUCCUCGGCGCGCUGCGCCAGGAGGCCGCCUACUACGGCCUCGGGGGCCUGGUGGAGGCCAAUCCCUGGCCCUGCGUCUCCGAGUACGUCACCAUUUGGCAGUACAAGGACGACACGUCGCUGUACGUGGACUGCCAGGAGGAGACCAUCCGUGAGGAUCCCGACCACAAGGCCCCAAUAAAGGGACUGUUCCGGCUCUGCAAAUACUCCGGUGGGCUCCCGCUUGACCUCCAGACGAACGUGCGCCGCUUCAAGGCGGCGUCGAAUUACAUGCAGGCUGCCCUGGCGUACUUCGGCAUGAGUCGCCCUCCGAAGAGGCAGGGGGGACCUGCAGAGGGGCCUCGGGGCUCCAUCCACUGGCGGGCGGACCUCUGGGAGGCGGGGGGGGGAAUCUCGGAAGGCCGGUCGGCCGUGGUGGACCGCUGCGCUGUGAUAGAGAGAGAGGUCUGGCUGAUGCGGCGGCGCCUCCACCAGCAGGUCGUCCUGCUGCUGCGCAUGAGCCCCAUGCUCCCCGCGGAGGUGUUCAAUUACGCGUGCGCGGCCAUGCCGCUGCCGUUCUACAAGUUCGCGCUGGGCUGCCUGGGCUCGGCGGUGCCCAUCUCCUUCUGGGUCUUCACCUCUGCCCAGGGCGCGCAGCUGGCCAGGGACGGGGACGCGCUGGAGCACGGGCACGGGGGCGCCGGCGCGCACCGGCCCACGGGGCGCGUGACGUCGUUCGCGUUCAUGGCCGCCACGUUCCUCGCCGACGUUCUGGCCCUGUAUCUCUGGGGCGGCACGGGAGGCGCUGGGACGGCGAGCAGGGCCGCAGCCCGCGGCGCGAGGAGCACCUCCCGGAGAGGCCCGCGGGCGCGGAGCGCGCGGCCGGCCGGCGCGCGGG